AUGGGCCAGAUUAGGAAGGGCGGUACAACGGAGGGACUUGGCGUUGGUGUUUUGGAACAUCAAAGAUGGACAGGGUUUUCGCGGAGGUCGCUCCUCAGAUAUCUCCACAACUACAGAUCGGGGAUCUUCCAAAAUCGAGAAGAUUGGUGCAUAUGGCUAGGUCUCUUCACCUUACAAUUUGUAUGGCACUUUGGCCCGGGGUUGUGGUGUGGUAGGGGAGAACGGGGGAUACUCCCACACAGGAGUUUCGAACAACGUCCGGUUCACGUUUGGCUGGAUAACUCCACCACCACACAGGGUAUGCGGUCGGCGAUGGGGUCAGAAUGCUCGUAUGAUCGAGGGCUUUUCGAUGGAUCUAUCGGCGGGUUCUUAUUCGAAAAAUCGAGCGAGUUCGUGGUGGAGCGGUUGGCAAACCCUAUUCAGUAUAUGCAGUUAAGAGAAGUAAGAGAGUUAAAAAAACUAGCAGAAUCAGUGAGCUUAAAGACACUCACUGAUAUUCUAUAA